CGUUUCGCAGCUACUUCCCGUGAGCUGUUGGGCGAAUCACCGAAUCCAGUUUCGGAGCUCUUUCUUUCAGGGUCGACGAAGACGAGCUGGUAGAUUGCAUCUCGUUCUCGUCGAUUCAAGUUCGGAAGUCCAUGGCCGGCCUCCACCAGUCCUCCUCCAGUGCUCCGGUCAAAAGCGGCCUCCCUCCGCAGGAACUCCUCGACGAUCUUUGCAGUCGGUUUGUUUUGAAUGUGCCGAAGGAAGACCUACAGUCAUUUGAGAGGAUUUUAUUUCUCAUAGAGUAUGCACAUUGGUUUUAUGAAGACAAUUCGGUGGAAAGAAAUCCAUCUUUAAAGUCAUUAAAUCUGAAGGAGUUCACUUCAUUAUUGUUUAAAAGCUGCGAUGUUUUAAAGCCAUAUGUUGCCCAUAUUGAUGACAUCUUUAAAGACUUCACUUCAUACAAGGUUCGAGUUCCUGUAACCGGGGCAAUCAUACUGGAUGAGACCUUUGAACGGUGCUUGUUGGUGAAGGGAUGGAAAGGAUCUAGUUGGAGUUUUCCACGUGGUAAAAAGAGCAAAGAUGAGGAAGACCAUGCUUGUGCCAUUAGAGAAGUCCUGGAAGAAGCGGGAUUUGAUGUUACAAAUCUUCUCAACAAAUCUGAAUAUAUAGAGGUUAUAUUUGGACAGCAAAGGGUGCGGCUUUACAUCAUUGCCGGUGUAAAAGAUGAUUUUGCCUUUGCCCCGCAAACCAAGAAAGAAAUCAGUGAAAUUGCAUGGCAUCGACUUGAUGAUCUUGAACCAGCUAGUGAUAGUGUAAUAUCUCGUGGGAUGAACGGUCUCAAGCUUUAUAUGGUUGCUCCUUUUUUGGCAUCUCUGAGGUCGUGGAUUUCAACACAUCAGUCCCCUGUAGCUCGAAACUCCGAUGUGCCCAUAAGAGGACUUACCAUAUGGAAGGCUAAGAACAGCUCGAUAGGUAGCAGCACCACGGUCACAACAGAGAGCCAAGUAAGUAAACCCGAAGUGAAUGUUCUCACCCUGGACACUGGUCCAGGCAGGAGCUUCAGAAACUUCAAGUUUGAUACUGCCUCGAUCUUACAGUCCAUGGAAAAAGCCUUUUCUUAAGUCUUCUAUAAGUCCUAAAGACCCUUUUUUCUUAGUUGGCACAUGCUUAGGAACCAUAUAGAUAUUCCACACAUUUAGUAACCAAUAGUAAUAGCAAAAAAGAAAAGAAAAAGAAAAAAAAAUAGUAAUAGCCUUUUGUGUAGUGUAUAAGAAAAUAUUGAUGUGGAAAUGCCAGUGGACAGACGACCACAUUAUUUGAGUUGCAUCAAUUUGGUGUUCUUGUGGGGAGAGGUAGAAAAAGGACUAUUUUGAUCUAGUUUGCCAGCUUGAUUGCAUUGACAGGUGUGGGUUUUUUGGAGUUUUUCCAUGUUUAUGGCAUAUGCAUUUUCUGUACAGAGAACAUUGAUGUGGAAAUGUCUUGGAAUUUGGUGUUUACUUUAGAUUUAGCAAUUUGGUUUGGUACUCUUGUGGGGUGAGCACUAUUUUUUAUCAUUUAGAAGACAUGCUAUUGCUUCUGCUCU